AUGAAGUUAACUAGUGAACAAGUAAAGCAGUUUAAUGAACAAGGAUAUCUCAUUGUUCCUAAUUUCGUACCAGACAAUGAAAUCGAUGAGAUUAGAAAUGAAAUGUCAAACAUCUUGACUAAUAUGAAUAUAGAAGAUGAAAUAAAUAAUACAUUUCAAACAAAUGAACAAGAUCGAAAUUCAAAUAAAUAUUUCUUGGAGAGUGGUGAUAAGAUUUGUUACUUUUUCGAACCGGAUGCAAUCAAAGAUAAAAAGUUGGUCGUUGAUAAAGGUGUUGCUUUGAAUAAGAUUGGUCAUGCACUUCACGAUUUGAAUCCAGUGUUUGAAAAGUUCUCUUAUCAUCAGAGAAUCAAAGAUCUCAUAAACUCAUUGGACUUUUACAAGAAACCACUCUCUGUUCAAUCGAUGUACAUCUUUAAGAACCCAAAGAUUGGAGGAGAAGUAGGAAUUCACCAAGAUAGCACUUUCUUACACACCUCACCACUCACUACAAUCGGUCUUUGGUUCGCAUUCGAGGAUGCUAUUGUUGCCAACGGUUGUCUUAGAGGUUUACCUGGUUCACAUAAAAAUGGAAUUAAUAGAAGAUUUAUUAGAGAUAAAGAUGGAAGUGGUGCAUUGGUUUUUGAUCCGAAAGAGAAUACCGACAACUAUGAUAAAAAGGAUUUCGUAGCGUUGGAGUGUAAGAAGGGUUCGGUCAUUCUGUUGGAUGGUGCAGUUGUACAUUAUAGUGAACCAAACACAUCGAAUAUCUCACGUCACGCCUAUACACUACAUUUUAUUGAAGGUGAUGGAUCUGCAGUCUACGAGUCAAAUAAUUGGUUACAAAGACCUGAUCCAGCACUGCCAUUUAGAGAGUUAUAA